AAGAGUAACACAUUCAUACCACUUACUUGCUUUUCUUCCCAAUUUAAAAUCAAAUCAAAACUCUACCACUUUGCUUUCUCUCUCUCUCUCUCUCUCUCUUUCUGUUUGUGUUUGUGUUUGUGUGAAAGAAGGAAAUGGCGGGUGGAGGAGUGAAGGGGAGGAAGAGAGUGGAGGCGUCAUCGGAGGAUGCCGCUUCUACUACUUCUCUCCUUAGAGCCAGAGACGGCAGCGCUUUUGCUCGUUGUGAAGAGUGCAAGAAGGAUGUUCCAGUGGCACUGAUUAGCAUGCACUGUUGCAGCCUUGAUGCUAGAAUCAAACUGAAUCUCGAGGCUCAGAUUGUGGAGAAGCCCAGUGACCCCCCCAAGAAGAAGCCUACUACUACUACUACAGACAGGAAGAAAUCAAGUUCAACAGAGCCAAAGGCAAAGAAAGCAAAAACUGACAAGAAGUCUAAGGAUCCAAAUGCCCCCAAGCGCCCACAAACUGCCUUCUUUCUCUUCAUGGAUGACUUUAGGAAGACUUAUAAAGAAGAAAAUCCCGAUUCUAAGGGUGGUAAAGAGGUAGCAAAGGAGGGUGGUGAGAAGUGGAAAUCUAUGACUGAUGAAGAGAAGAAGCCUUAUAUGGAUAAGGCUGCUGAGUUGAAGGCAGAGUAUGGCAAGGCCAAAUUGGAGGCUAACAAUGCUGAAGAAGAUGAAGAUGGUAAUGGAGGUUCAGAGAAGGAAGUUGAAGAAAUAUCUGAUGGAGAGUAGUGCAUAUUGCUUCAAAUUUUCAUGUCUUAUGCUUGAGGAAAAAGUUUUCUGCUAAAUGCGUCUUGUAAAGUUUGGAUGUAGUUACUACUUGGUUGUUUUGGAUUUAGAUGUUAGGUGUUGAGUUUCUUAUGAGCAAUAUACAACUUCUUUGUAGAA